AACAAGUUACCUUUUUUGAACCAAUCGAAAGCUUCCAAAUGAGUCUCACUCUCACCACGCCCAGUAAUAAUGUGCCUAGGUAUCUCUUCCUCCAAUACAGAUUUCCCAUCAACACAAAGAUUCACCCUCCAUUCACAUAACAACUGUCCUCGAUUCCCAAGAAAAUCAAAUUCUCGACAAAAAAAAUAAAAUCCCCCAAAAAAAUACAAAAAGAUACAUGGAAUCCCGGAAAUUGGCAGCUUUACUCUCAUCCUUGAUCUCUGAACUCAUCCUUCUCCUCCUCCUUCUUUUCCCUUCCUCCGCUCCACUUUCCCUCAAUUCCAAUUCCAGUAAUUCCACCAAUUCCAAUUCCAAUGCAAACCUUUUCCCUCUCAUCCACCACUUCCUUUCCAUACAAAAAAUCGCCGCCUCCCUCGGUUUCCUCUCAAUUUCCCGGAAACGCAAGCGAACCCAUUUGCCAGAACCAGAAGCUGGACCCAUCGAUGAUGAAGAAAACCCAGAACUCGGACCUCGACUCGGUGGCGGCCGAGUCCAACUCGUUCUGACUCGGACCCCCGAUUCCUUCAAGAAUUGCUUCAGAAUGACCUCCUCAACCUUUGAAUGGCUCUCUGGCUUGCUCGAACCAUUGCUAGAGUGUCGUGACCCUGUUGGUUCACCCUUGAACCUCUCCGCCGAGCUUCGUCUCGGUCUCGGUCUGUAUCGCUUGGCCACUGGGUCCGAUUACCCCGAAAUAUCUAACCGAUUCGGUGUCUCCGAGUCAGUAGCGAAAUUCUGUACCAAACAAUUAUGCCGUGUUCUUUGCACCGAUUUUCGAUUCUGGGUCACUUUCCCUACCCCAAACGAGCUUGAAUCCGUGUCCACAGCGUUUCAAACCCUCACUGGAUUGCCAAAUUGUUGUGGUGUACUAGAGUGUACAAGGUUCAAGGUUGUCAAGAAAAAUGAUGAAAUUGAAGAACAUAGCAUUGCUGCUCAAAUAGUUGUCGAUUCCUCCUGUCGAAUCCUCAGCAUUGUCGCAGGCUAUCGCGGCAAUAAGGCUGAUUAUAAGGUUCUAAAGUCAUCGACUUUGUGUAAGGAUAUUGAAGAAGGAAGGUUAUUGAAUUCACCUCCAGUGAAUGUAAAUGGUGUGGCUGUGAAUCAGUAUUUAGUUGGAAAUAGAGGGUACCCUUUGCUUCCUUGGUUAAUGGUACCUUAUGUGGAAGCCUUGCCUGGUUCUUGUGAAGAGAAUUUCAAUAAGGUGCAUAGUUUGAUGCGUGUUUCGGGGCUUAAAGCCAGUGCUAGUUUGAAGAAUUGGGGUGUUUUGAGCAGGCCUGUAGAGGAGGAGUUUAAGAUUGCAGUUGCUUAUAUUGGUGCUUGUUCCAUGCUUCACAAUGCGUUGCUUAUGAGGGAGGACUAUACGGCUUUGGGGGAUGGAUUGGGGGACUGUUAUCAGAGCACUGACUACUAUAGUGGGUUGGAGGAGAAUUUGAUUGGGAGCAAGGCUUCUGAUAUAAGAAAUGCAUUGGCUACAAGAGCAAAUGAGUUACAUGAUUGAAGAUUGUUCUAUGAGCAUUUAGUUGUUUGGUGCAGUUCAAAACCAAUUAGGAGUCGGCUUAUUGUGGAUUUUAGAAGGAGGUAGCUAACAUUGUUCUGGUCAACAUUUUUUAGAUAGGUAGUUGAGAUUUUUUAGAUAGAAGAUUAUCAAAAUGUUCCUUCAGAUUUUACAUUUAAACAAAAAAAAAAAUAGAGAUCCAUAAGAUUAGAGAACUUUUCUGUUGCUCCAAUUUUGUUCCAUUUGCUUGCCAAUUAAUUUUUGAAGAUGCAUUCAGUUCAGCAUCUUUGUACUAAUUUUUAAAGUGAAAUGCAGGGGAUAUUUUUUUUCCCUCUC